AUGGAGGAUACAAAGACCGUCGAGACCGACUCCUCCAAUGUCCCCGGCGACGGCCACAUCGCUGUGGCCGAUACUCUGCCGCGCGGAUGGAUGUACAAGCAAUUGAAGAUCGGUCCCUGGACCUUGCCCUGGUUUGCCUCGCCCAAAAUCCAGCUCGGCAUGGUCGCCUUUGUCUGUUUCCUGUGUCCCGGCAUGUUCAACGCCCUGAGUGGUCUAGGUGGUGGUGGCCGCUCUGCCACGGACACCUCGUUGGCUGACAACAUGAACACCGCUCUUUACUCGACCUUUGCUGUCGUUGGUUUCGCCGCCGGUAGCGUCGUCAACCGUCUCGGCGUCCGCGUUGGUCUGGGCUUGGGCGGUAUUGGUUACUGCCUCUACUCCAUCUCCCUGCUGGUCUCGGUCCACAAGCACGUCGAUGGCUUCAACAUCUUCGCGGGUGCUUUCCUCGGUGUCUGUGCCGGUCUCUUGUGGACCGCCCAGGGAGUCAUUAUGGUCUCCUACCCCACCGAAAAGCAAAAGGGCCGUUACUGGGCCUGGUUCUGGGCCAUCUUCAACAUCGGCGCUUGCAUUGGUAGUCUGAUCCCGCUCGGCCAGAACAUCCACUCCACAGACGGUGCCGGCGUCAACGACGGUACCUACAUCGCCUUUAUUGUGCUCAUGUUUUGCGGUGCCAUCCUGGCUCUCUUCGUCUGCGAUGGUCGCCACGUUAUCCGCAGUGACGGCACCAAGGUGGUUCUCAUGCAGAACCCCAGCUGGCGCUCCGAGAUCAUGGGUCUAUAUACCACCAUCGUGUCUGAGCCCCUCGUUAUCCUGCUCUUCCCCAUGUUCUUCUCGUCCAACUGGUUCUACACUUACCAGCAGAAUGCCAUCAAUGCUGCCUACUUCAACACCCGCACUCGCGCCCUGAACGGCUUUCUUUACUGGCUUGCUCAAAUCGUCGCCGCCACCGUUAUCGGACCCCUUCUUGAUCUCGAAAGUGUCCGCCGUACUGUCCGCGCCAAGGCUAUGAUGGCCAUUCUCUUUUCUCUGACACUCGCUAUCUACGGCGGUGGCUACGCCUGGCAGAAGAAAUAUACCCGUGCUGAUGUUGUCCAGCCGGCCGACGGCGGCGACUUUCAGCCUUGGGAUUGGACUCACCCUGGUUACGUCGGCCCCAUGUUCCUUUACUUCUUUUACGGAUUCUACGAUGCCAUCUGGCAAGGUGCUGUUUACUGGAUCAUGGGCGCCCUCUCCAACUCUGGCCGCCGAACGGCCAACUACGUCGGCUUCUACAAGGGUCUGCAAUCCGCCGGUGCUGCUGUCAUGUGGUCUCUCGACUCCAAACACACCAGCUACAUGGGCGAAUUCGCUUCCAACUGGGGUCUCUUGCUCGGCUCCCUCGUCUGUGCCCUUCCUGUCAUUCUCCUCCGCAUCCAGGACUCGGUUGCCAUUGAAGACGAUCUGAAAGACGUUGACGAGACACUGGAAGAUGUCCUUCGCACUGAUGUCAAAGUCGAAAGUGCCCUUAAGUCCUAA